AUGUGGUUCCUGUUAUAUGAAACAGUGUUUAGUUUUUCAUUGUUUAUAACAUUUAAGUGUUUAUUUGUUGGUAACAUUGAAUUAUUAUUAUUAUAGGUUUACCAACUCAAAAGUAGGAGUUAUGUCUUUGA